CCACCCCUCUCUCUCUCUCUCUCUCUCUCUCUCUCUAAGCGAUGCUGAGAGCUCUGCUUCUCAAACGCGCCCUUCGUCUCCCCCAUCACCGUUACCAUCACCACUUCCACUCACAUCCCCACCCUCUCCGAACCCUCCCCUCCACCACCAUCCACCAGUACCUACGCCGCUUCUCCUCCUUACCACCGGAGCCCUCCACUGAUGACCAAACCCUAAAGUACCUCGGCUACGGCGCCCUCCUCCUCUUCUGCGGCGCCGCCACCUACUACUCCUUUCCUUUUCCCGACAACGCGCAGCACAAGAAGGCGCAGAUCUUCCGCUACGCCCCGUUGCCGGAGGACCUCCACACCGUCUCCAACUGGAGCGGGACCCACGAGGUCCAGACUCGCAACUUCCAACAGCCCGAGACCCUGAAGCAGCUGGAGGACAUCGUCAAGGAGGCCCACGAGAAGAGGACUCGCAUUCGGCCUGUCGGUUCGGGCCUAUCUCCCAACGGCAUCGGGCUGUCGCGGGCCGGAAUGGUAAACCUUGCAUUGAUGGAUAAGGUGCUGGAUGUGGACAAGAAGAGCAAGACUGUGAGGGUUCAAGCUGGGAUCAGGGUGCAGCAGCUUGUGGAUGGAAUCAAGGACCAUGGCCUUACCCUUCAGAAUUUUGCUUCCAUUAGGGAGCAACAAAUUGGUGGCAUCAUUCAGGUUGGUGCACAUGGAACUGGUGCAAGAUUGCCUCCAAUUGACGAGCAGGUGAUUGCCUUGAAAUUGGUGACCCCUGCCAAGGGGACAAUUGAGAUCUCGAAAGAGAAGGAUCCAGAGCUGUUUUAUCUUGCUCGUUGUGGUCUCGGGGGACUUGGAGUUGUGGCUGAAGUCACCCUUCAGUGUGUCGAUCGACAGGAGCUUGUGGAGCACACAGCUAUCUCAUCUAUAAAUGAGAUAAAGAAAAAUCACAAGAAACUGCUGUCUGAAAAUAAGCAUGUCAAGUACCUUCAUAUCCCAUAUACUGACUCUGUUGUGGUUGUGAGAUGCAAUCCAGUUUCAAAGUGGGGCCCUCCCAAGUUUAAACCAAAAUAUACCAAAGAUGAAGCGAUUCAACAUGUACGUGACCUUUAUAGGGAGUCCCUCAAAAACUACGGAGCAUAUGGAUCUAAGGGUAGUUCAUCAGGUGACAGUGAACAGAACAUAGAUGAGUUUUCUUUUACAGAAUUAAGAGAUAAGCUAAUUGCAUUGGAUCCUCUUAAUAAGGAACACAUAAUCAAAGUCAAUCAAGCUGAGGCAGAGUUCUGGAAGAAGUCAGAAGGAUAUAGAGUUGGAUGGAGUGAUGAAAUACUGGGCUUCGAUUGUGGAGGCCAACAGUGGGUGUCGGAGACAUGCUUCCCUGCAGGAAAACUAGCUAGCCCAAGCAUGAAAGACCUUGAAUACAUUGAAGAGUUGAAGAAACUCAUAGAGAAGGAAGACAUACCGGCUCCUGCACCAAUUGAGCAGCGAUGGACAGCUAGCAGUAAGAGUCCCCUGAGUCCUGCUUCAAGCCCAUUCGAAGAUGAUAUAUUUUCUUGGGUUGGUAUUAUCAUGUACCUCCCAACCACGGAUGCUCGCCAGAGGAAGGAGAUAACCGAAGAAUUCUUUCAUUACCGACAUUUAACUCAGGAAAAAUUGUGGGAUCAGUACUCUGCUUAUGAACACUGGGCUAAGAUUGAGGUUCCAAAGGACAAGGAAGAGCUUGCAGCUCUCCAAGCACGGAUAAGACAGCGGUUUCCAGUGGAUGCAUACAAUAAAGCGAGAAAGGAAUUGGACCCCAACAAGAUCCUAUCAAAUAACAUGCUGGAUAAGAUCUUUGCAGAAUCAAACACACUAUAAUUUUAGGUUGGUAAUUCGUUUACUUGUUCUUGUGCUAAUUUUUGAAACAGCCACACUUUUUGAAACUUAAGGUUGCAUAAUUUAUCUGGUACACAAUCAAGAUUAUUUUGCAUUUUUCAUCAACAUAUUCUUUCAGUUUAUUGUGUAAGUUGAGUUGCCUUGGGCUGAAAGGGAACUAUAAGAAUUGUGAUGUCAUGUAAUAUAUCAAGAUUCAAGUGGUGCUGGUUUGUUCCUUACAUUCUGUUUUCAGCCCAACAUAAAUAGGAAGCAUAAAGAUAGGGUGAAGGCAGAGGAAAUGUACUGUGUUGAUAUACUUGUAUAAGGAAAAUUCUAUGGGCACCUAAAAAUUUCUUUGUUUCA